ACCCCCUGCUCUGCACUGUGUCUUCGCUGGCCGUGGAGGAGCUGCGAUACCCGCACCAGUACUGCACGCACGUCAUCUACACGCACGCCGAGUUCGACUUCGCCAAGAAGAGCUUCGUCGCCCCGAUGGCCUCGCUGAGCUUCACGUCGUUCCUGAACAGCAAGUCCAAGUGGGCCAACAACACGGACGGUCCGCGCUACCUGGUCUCUCUGUCGCCAGCGUUUGUGGCGCAACACGCGCCGGAGAUGUCGACGGGUCAAAAGGCGACACGAGACAUGGUGGCCUGGUUGGAGUCCACGGACCUCGCUGGUAUCGCGCUCGUCGAACACGUCCUGACGCCCGACAACGUGGACCUCUACGUCAAGUUCAGCUCGGCAUUCAGAGAAGUCCAACAAGGCAGCCUCGAGUUUGUUCUCGGGUUUUCCUCGCCGUACUUGAAGGAGCUGCAGCCGACACUCAAGGUCCUCUACUCGCAAGUUGACUACAUAAUCAUGGAGACGCACGUGAAGCAGUUUCCCGAUAACUGCAUCGCCCUCUUUCCCACCGCCUUCAACGCAUCCCGCAACCCCAAGGUCCUGCAGCUCAAGAACAACCUCUUCCCGAGGUCGGCAUUGCAGUACAUCGAGGCCCUACCGGCACCGGGUCCGGGUAAGCACGCCAAGACGUGCAUCUCAGUGCUAAUGGGCGUACUCAUGUACAUCGUACCCAAGGGUCUCAUUCACGCGCCGUCGCAGGACUGCAUCGACUUCUCCUGGUGCACGUACUCUGACGUGUGCCAGUCCAAGUCAAAGUUCAAGUACUACGAGUGGGCAGAAGCCGUGACUCAGUCCGACCAGUCCCGAAUGUACAUGUUCGACGAUGAGACCACGAUCGUCAACAAGGUGAGGAAGGCGAAACAUGCGAGUCCCAACACGUGCGUGUCGCUGUACCGGACGGACCUGGACGACUUCUCCGGCACCUGCAACAACGGAUCGCCGUUCCUCCGAGUGGCAGCCGUGCGCAGGGCGGUCCUCUCGUGAUGGGUCGACCGGGGCUAAGAGGACGUCUUCCAAGCCUCGGCCCCAUAUACACACAACGACACGGGAA